UUUUGUUUUGUCUUGUUUUUUUUUUUUCAACGGCACGAGCAGCCCAUCACGCGCAUUUGAAUUCAGAGAGAUCUCGCGCGCGGGCGGCGAACUGCAGCUCCGCACUGGCAGACGGAAUUGUUUCGAUGGACUACAGAUUCGCUGCGAGCGUUUUAGACCAGUGGUUGCGCUGAACGGCGAGAUUUGCUCUUGUCGGUGCAGAGCUCAAGCAGGGGGAUUGCAGCGGGGAGUUGAGCCGCGAGCGCGAGGAAGGAUUGGGAGUGGCUCAGUUCGAGAGUGAUGUCAUUAUCGAGGUUGAGUGUUGAAACUAGCAUCUGCUACGAUGAUGAGUAGUUGAGGAGGAGGAGGAGGAGGAGGAGGCGGAAGAAGAGGAGGAGAAGUGUGAGUGUGUAGGGGCAUGACUCACCGUUUGGGCUUGUCCGUGCAUUGUCGGUUUCAUGAGUUAGGUCUUCGAGGGUCCAGAAUCGGAGAAUUUCGUUCUUUUUCUCGAACUCUGGGGGAUGUCACUGGGUUGUGUGUAGGGAAUAUUGAAAGUCGAGGUGAUGUGGACCGGAAGUUGUUGACGGAUAGUGACUACCGCGUAUAAAGUCCAAUAUUCGUUCUAAUUUGUGGAGUUCGUUUAGGUUGAUGGUUGGUUUGGCUAGUUCAAUUCGUUGGGGGUUUGUCGUGGAGGACACUCGGUGCAUGCGUGUGUUCGUGUGUGUGUGUGUGUUUGUGUUUGUGUGCCCCUCUGUCGAAGAGGUGUGUGGUGAUCGUUGGAGUUUGAAGAGUAUGGAAGUUCUCAGAGUGCGCUGUAGUGGAUGUAGUUUCAGAUUGUGAUGCUUCGGGCUGGACUUGGAUGCAUCAUGGUUUACUGAUGCUUGGGAGGAAGAGUGGUUAUCGGGUUAGUGAGGGAGAUACAGGGACCGCUGGAUAGCUGGUUAGGAAGGCAGUCCGGAAGAAGUUAAGGUUUGAAUUUGUAGAACCUCGGGCAUUUUGGCGGCUACAAAAUCGGAGGACCGCAUCUCGCUAGGGGUUUAAAUGAUCGGGAGCUAAGAAGUAAUUAUGAGGCGAAUGCGGCCUCAAUCAGCGUCUGAAUAGGGUUUGGCAGACUAAAUGAAUGGCUAAAGCUGCAGCAGCCCCUCCUCCUGUCCCUAGGACUACCUCACCCACUUCCAAUGGCUCUUUAUCAAUCGGAGUGAUCAUUGGGAUCUCUAUUGGAGUUUUCAUUGGAGUAAUUAUAGCCUCCUGCGUAGCGUUGUGUAUCGGAUGUCGGAAGAGGCGGUUAAAGAAAAGAGGGAGUUCACGCCGGGGCUUUGUUCUGCCGAUACGUGUCAAUGGCGUCAACUCUAGCACCAUUAUGUCUGACUCCGUUUCUUCUCCUCCAGCUUAUGUCGCCAGUAAGGGCAAUACUUGGUGGGGAGGUCAGGAAAAGCAGCUAAUUCCAUCCUCAUUGGGGGUGACUAAGUUCACUUACAAGGAGCUUCACAAGGCGACCUCUAAUUUCACUGCCCUGCUCGGACAAGGUGCGUUUGGUCCAGUUUAUAAAGCCGUGUUACAUUCAACUGGAACGACCCUCGCAGUCAAAGUUUUGGCCGAACAGUCCAAACAAGGGGAUCGAGAAUUUCAAAACGAGGUUAUACUCCUUGGGCGAUUGCAUCAUCGCAACUUAGUGAAUCUGGUGGGGUAUUGUGAAGAAAAAAAUCAGAGGAUUCUAGUAUAUGAAUAUAUGCACAAUGGCAGUCUAGAACGAAAGCUAGUUGAUCAGAAUAAUGAACCGUUGACUUGGGACCAACGGGUGCUUAUCGCUCAAGACAUUUCUAGAGGGCUCGAAUACCUUCAUGAAGGAGCUACUCCGCCUGUUGUUCAUCGGGACAUUAAAUCUGCGAAUAUUCUGUUGGACGCCACCAUGAUAGCCAGGGUAGCUGACUUUGGGCUAUCAAAGGCGGCAGACUCAACGAACAUAGUUUCAGGCGUGAAGGGGACAUUUGGAUAUGUUGACCCUGAGUACAUGUCUACAAAUAGCUUCACUGCAAAAAGUGAUGUUUAUAGUUUCGGUGUGCUUCUUUUUGAGCUUAUCACUGCCCGUAACCCACAACAAGGGUUAAUGGACUACGUUCACCUAGCAGCUAUGGGCAUGGAGUCCAAGGAAGACUGGGCAGAAAUAAUGGACCCACGAAUGAAUGGGAACUGUAAUCUCCAAGAGCUGGGGGACAUGGCAAAUAUAGCUUACAAAUGCGUGGGACCUGUUGGGGAACGGAGACCAAAAAUGCGUGCUGUAGCCCAGAAUUUGUGUAAUCUUGGUAAAAGGCGUUCGAAGGAGCACGCUGUCUUGUCUGUAAUUGAGGAAAAUGUACCACCCACAAGAUCUUUGCCCGCAGGGGAAAGGAGUAAGCCACUGAAAUCCAAAAAGGAUGCAGGUAUCCCUCCACUUUCUCCCCCAAGGGAUUAUAACAAAUAAGACGCUGGACCUCAGUUGUGGUCUAAUUAGCCAGUUUUUGAGUAUGUGCUGGCUUAACAUAAGCGGCUUUUUCCCACGUAGGAAUGUAUGUUAGAGUUGUGCACAAUGUGCACUAUGCAAGAAUGUUUUUGACAAUCAUCGAGGUUGUACAAAUUUGUAACUGUACAUGUCAACAUCCAUCACAUCUUACCUUUAAUUUAUUCAUUAGUAUAAUCUUUCCUUCUUA